AUUAUCUUCCUUUAUUCAAUGUAUUUAUCGCGGCGUAAGCAUCAAUGCUCUCGCCGUUCGGGUAAGGAGCUCGAGUCGAGAGCAAGCUAGCGCUAACAUCCCAACCGCACCAAGGAUGGAGCAAGUUCCGGCCGUUUUGACGGAAGACGUUCAGCCGGAGAAACAAUCGACAGUCAUGGAUGGGACGUCGGCAAACAACGAUUUAUCGCCGACCGAAGACACCGCGGACAGCAAGUGCCCAGCCUCUGUUCAAGAGCUUAGGCUAUUCUGCCAAGAUUGCGGGGAAGCCUUUGGUGAGGAGGCAGCCUACUUGGACCAUCGCAACCAGCACCCCGAUGGGAAGUGCGCAAUGUAUCUGAAGCCGGUGGACUAUUCAGAUGAGGCUGACGAAGAAGAGGAAAGUACUAGUUCCUGUCAAUUAUGUACGUUGUCGUUUGCCGAUAUGAACGAAUUCCGGACCCACAUGGAAACCCACCGCGUUCAGUCAUCUGACACCCAAGAGAUUUCUGGCCUCACAAAGCAGAACUCCUUUGAAUGCGCUGAUUGUGGGAAGAGGUAUUCCAUGCUAGGGCACUUUCUCAAUCAUCAGCGCACCCACAUACAGGCUUCCAAAUCUCUAUUUAGUGACUUGGAGGAUUUAAAGAAAAAGUCCUUUCAGUGCGAGAUUUGUGGGCGGAAUUAUUCUCGUGCGUCUGCCCUUGAUGCCCACCGACGCGGCCAUGAAGAAAAGUUAUUUAAACGUCAAAACAAGACUUCAAGACGCGCGGCUGAUACCGAUGAGUCGGCACUCGAACCAGUUGAAAAGCGGAGUCACGGUGCUGCUGAGAAGGUUUUCAAAUGCGGUUGUGGGAAAACGUUUCCGACUGGGGUGCGCUUGAAGAUGCACAAGCGAUUCAGCCACAAUAGCAAUUGCGUACCAGAAGAAACGACGGGAAAGCUGAAGAAAAACGUUUUCUACUGUCGAGAAUGCAGGAAGGUGUUCCAUGGCCGUCUUGCCUGGUUCAACCACGAGAAAUGGCACGAAAACCACUCGAAAGAUUCUCCGAACCGAUUUCAAUGUGAAAAAUGUGGAAGGGUUUUCAUGACCCAAACCUUCUAUUACCGACAUUACCGCAUGGUGCACAGCGGCGAGACUCCAGCUAAGUCGUUUCUCCAUCAAGUGGACCAACUGGAGAAGAAAAGAUUUGAAUGUACAGAGUGUGGUCUGAAGUUCUCCAGACCAUCAGCCCUUCACGCUCAUCAGCUUCAACACACCAAUACCUUUGGAGAAACUGAGAAAGUGUCCCAGGUGCAUUCUUCUCUGCCACAUGAGGAAACUUGGGAGGGAGAACAGAAAGCGACUCAGCAGUUAAGCGAUCAAUUCCCGGCAGAGAAUGUGAUUGGUGACGUUAGGAUUGAAGAUGACCCAGAUGUUAAUGAGCCUGAAGAUGAUGUGAUGGAGAGUUAUGAACCCGGGGACUUCAAUGUCCUGGUGAUUAGUGCAAGUGAAUCAGAGGAUGAUGCUGUCCAAGACAUGAACCCUAACCUUGAAUCAGGAUCCGGAUCUGACCGAGACAACGUUUCAUCCAGUAAUCUGGUUUCCAAACCAGAGCUUGACUUGAAAAUUGUACAGGUGGACUUUGAGCCUCCCAAGGAGCAGCGCCCACCAGCAGCGGAAGCAGCCGAAGACAACGCAGCCAAAGAACGAUUUGAUUGUCCAGAAUGUUACCGGUGGUUUACUAGUGCGGCAUCACUGCGGGCUCACAUAGUGUGGCACACCUAUCGUAAGAGGAGACGUCAGACGAAAGGUCAGUCAGAGGAAGUUUACACACGUGACAAUGAAGCCCAUACCUUUGCGGCAAGUGAUUUUGCAGAGUAUGAGAUAGAAACUAACCGAGACAUAAACCAGGCAGAACUAUUAAGGCUGAAAACUUUGACAUGCGAGAGAUGUGGUACAAAACUUUCACAUUUGCCCAACCGAUGCGAUGAUCAUUCGCUGUGCCGUAAUUGUCAGACUUCGAGCUUAAUAAACUACAUGAGCAACAGCUCUCUACAGAGGAUAGAGAGCAUUUCGGCUACUGCAAAAGUAUACAAUCCAAAGAAAACACUUCUCGGGCCCAAGAUUUACCACUGCGAGCAGUGUGGGAAAGGUUUUUGGUCUUUGGGGGCUUAUUUGCAUCAUAAGCAGAGUCCUAGUCAGUGUAUAGACGUGAGGCUUCGAACCGGUCUUGCACAACCAGCGCACCGUGGACGUUCUUCCUCCAGCAUGAAGGCCGCGUGUCCCGUGUGCGGUAGAAAGUUCCGACACAAGGGAAUCAUGACGUUGCACAUGCGCACGCAUGAAAAUGGAGAUCACAAGUGUGACAUCUGCAGCAGAUCGUUUCGCCUUUUUUCCAGUCUGAUUAGACACCAAGUUGUGCAUAAUGAACUCCUGCCGCCGCCUUGUAAAUCUUUUCAGCACCAAGUAGAGCAAGUACAAAAGAAUACGUACAGCUGCCCCGACUGCGGUAAGCUGUUUUCUCGGGCCAAAGCGCUUCAGUUUCACAUGAGGUAUCACGGAAAUGAGAGCGGGCAUUCGCCAUCGCCACCCAGGUCUUGUGGUAGACAGGAGGACCUUCAGUGUGGCACGUGCCUCAAGUAUUUCGGCAAUAGGGCCUCCUUGCGGAUGCACAAAAAGCAGUGUCUUCCAAAAGAAGAGAAAUUCGUUGCUGAGACAGGAAGCCGAAAUAAUAACGAGACAGGGAAAUUAUCCAAGGUGACUUCUGAAGACAUCACGGCGAAGUUACCACUUAAAGUUAAAAAUGAAAUGGAGGAGGGAGAGGGGGAAUGUCCAAAUACUAGUGAUGACAGCGAUUUCAAAUACAAGUGUAACAAGUGUGAAAAAAGCUUUUCAGUUAUUGGCGCGUUGAACUUGCACAAAAGAAUUCACGCAAGGGGUUACAAUAAAGUCGCAAAAGCAACCUUGUCCUUAGCGCAGAGUGAGGAAGCGUUAAGGAAAGAUUAUCCAUUUCCGUGCUCAGAAUGUGGGAAGCGAUUCUUGUCCAACUCUGCCCUCGGCUCUCACAAACGAUGGCAUAAAAAUGACAAACUGCUCCAUCUUAAAGAACAGGUUUCCGACCUCUGCCCGAAGCCGUACCAAACGUCCGCACGGCAGCCUCAAUCUGACAUAAAACCCAAGACUCGCCACGCAUAUGAGCAAAGCAACCCUCCGGAAACGAGAGAUACCGAGACGGGUGACAACUCGCUCAAAGCGGACCGGGUUAUGAACGACGGGGGCGAAUCCGUCUCGAUGACGACGAUCGAGAAAAAUUACCAGUGUCCCCUCUGCUUGGCGAGCUUUGCUAAAGCCAGGGGGCUUCGUGCCCACACGUGGCAAGCCCACUCUAAGCGUACAGAAAACAAAGCGAGGCGGGCGUUUGAUGCGCAAAGCAGAAGCGUAGCCGCGAGCUGUGAAAGACUUUCACCAAACACUGACACUCCUCCUUUGGUUGUCACAAAACGUGAGUGUGGACUUUACUGUGAAUCUGCUGCCAGACUCCCUGACCAUAAAUUGUGUCCCGCGUCUGAACCGGUGGCCCAGGCUCCGGAGGCCUUAGCUGAGGUCUUGCCGGCUCACAGCCACCUUUUGGAACCAAUCGUCAAAUGUCUCUUCAAGUGUGGGAAGUGCGGCAAAGACUUCCAGACCGAGGGGCAGUUAGAAACUCACAAGACCAAGUCGAAGAGCAGGCCGUUUUGCUGCGCCCUGUGCUGCAAUGCCUUUCUAACGGAGAAUCAGCUGCAGCAACACCUCGCUUGGCACGACCAGGUCCGAUUUCGGCUCCCGAACGAGGUCCGCUUUCGCCUCAGUGCUGCUUUGACCGCAAAGUCCUUUCUCCCUCACGUGCCAAGCAAACUAGCUCCGAACCAAGAGAGCCACUCGGUCGGUAGCGGCGACGGCUCUCUUUUAUCGUCCAGGUUGUGGAACCAAAAAUGUUUGCGUUGUAAAAGUGCCGCGUGCGAUUGCGCCGGUCCUCCUGCGACCGCCGCCGACUUCAAAUCCCUUUCGAAACAUGACAAGGCAUCUAGUGGUGAUGGUGAGGGCCCCGCAGCCGUUGUUUCAGGAGAUCGAGAUUCCCUUAUUUGUCUUGAAUGUGGAGCUACUUUUAGUCAGGAAACUGAUUUGCACCAGCACUAUACCAAACAUGCGCAAAGCGUGUACUAAAACAUUUUGUUUACAUGGAAAGCUACAUGGAGGCUUCUGCUAUUUGUUUUGGUCGAGAAGAUCCCUUCGUAUGUACGUCGCUAUACUAAUUUAUGUGUCAAUUCUCCGCUUCCAAGACUUUCCAGUAUACCGAACUCGUAUUGUUUAAAUGUUACCAACGGCACUUUUUGCGUGGCACUUUUUAAAUACCUUCGACACGCCUCACGUUUUGGUCUCAGUGAAGCACGCUCACGAUUCUUAAGUUAAAAGUCGGAGGUAAUAGUUGUAUCUAUUUUUCUGCUGCCAUUUAAAAAUUUUAAUGCCAUAUUGGCAGAGCCAACCCAUUGUAUGCACUGUUCAUUUAAAACGAAAGAAGAAAAAAAAAAAUCCUGACAUAGUGCGCUAAUAUUGUCAGUCUAAAAAAUGUACAUUAUGUACAGCUUGUUUUGCAUGAGUUUGCAACUAAGCCCCGCCCCUUUCCAUUGUUUAUUUCUAUAUUGUGGCAAGCUAUUUAUUGAGCAAAUGAAUAUGUGGUACUUGUAUUCAUUUGGGAGGGUUCUUGAUUACUUUGUCGCUUAUUUUGGGGGGAAAGAUCUGUGGAGUAAUUAUGAAUGGAGCUAUUUUUUCCUUAGGGUGAUCAUAUGCCUUUGCCUACAUGUUUACAUCCUGUUUCUGAAGCUAAAAUAAAGGGAUCCAUUGUAGUCUGAAUUAGUGGCUUGUGUAAUCACUUCACACCACUUGACACUAAAGCUCGUGUGAAAAAAAAAAAAUUAAAAUUGCGUAAUAUUUGAUGAGUCAUCUAGACAUUUAAAUCUUUUGCUGACUUACCGUAAUAUCUGGACUAUAAGCCGCACUUGAUUAUAAGAGUCACCCGGUACAUUUUUAACCUAUUCAUGGGACAUCAUGAUUUUCACGCAUUAUAUCCUUCUGUAUAUCAAAUAUUUAAGUGUUUUAUUCUGAUUCUGGUUUUUGGGACGAUCUACUAAGAAAACCCAAGUACCCUCUCGCGGGCAGCGUACCGUUUUUGGGACGAGAUUAUAAAUGAGUAAAGUUAUCAUAUAACUUAACCAUAAAUGAAAAAGAAGUGUUAUUUCCUUGAUUGUGGCAUGUUAAAAUACUCUAAUACCCGAAGACAGGAUGACCUUAUUAGAGAAAAUAGCAGCUAAUAUAACCCUAACCCUAAAGUUGCCAUUUAUAGGCCAGAAAUUACAGUACUGGGUUUAUGACAUUUUGUUGGGAAUCCUACCUAAAUACAGCCACCAAAAUACCAGAAUACCCCAAGACAGGAUGAGCUUUUUAGAGAAAAUAGCGGCUAACCUAACCUGACCCUAACCCUAAAAUCACAGUUUAUAGGCCAGAAAUUACGGUACUGGGUUUAUGACACUUUGUCGGAAAGCCUACUAAAAUACAGGCACCAAAAUACCCGAAUACCCCAAGAGAGGUUGAUCUUAUUCGAGAAAAUAGCGGCUAACCUAACCCUAACCCUAAAGUCGCGGCUUAUAGGCCAGAAAGUACGGUAUUGGGUGUAUGACACUUUGUCAGGAUUCCUACCGAAAUAGAGGCACCAAAAUACCCGAAUACCCCAAGACAGGAUGAGCUUAUUAGAGAAAAUAGCGGCUAACCUAACCCUAACCCUAAAAUUGCGAUUUAUAGGAUGGAAAUGACGGUAUCUUCUCAGUCCUUCACUGUAAUCCACAAAGGUAUAAUCAAUUCAACGGGAUUUUUCUUCUUGUUUUCUGAAAAACAUUCCAAAUGACCUGUUCGGUUAUGCGCAUAAGGCUAACGAUUUAGCAAUCGAAGUCUGCUGACUAAUAUACGUCUUAACACCUGUGAGCGAAGAACUCUUCUGCGACUAAAUGUGCGUAAUGACCUUUUCUCACCUUUACUGAAA